AUGUAACAAUUGGUUCAUGAUUUUAGUUGGAAGUACCAUUUGUUCAGUGGUAUCGUUGACGUGAUUUCCUAACUUUAUUAAAAACAGAACGGGUAAUAUUUAAAUAUUGUUUUAUUGAUAUAUAUAUAAAGAUCUUUUUAAAAUAAUUACUUCAGUUUGAGUUAUAGAUAACCAUGUCUGGAAAACCAAUGAGAUAUCCAUAUACAUUAUCUGCACAAAUUGCUCACUUUCCAUUUAAUCAUUAUUAUAAUCAUAAGCGUGGUUGGAUACUCAAAUAUUGGAUGUGGACUGCAGUUGGUUUGAUGCCUGUCUGGUAUUUCUUCCAGAAACUAACUUUUCAACCUGAGAAUGUCAAAAAGUGGGAUGAAAUUCAUAGGAAACAAUUCUCUGGAGAGAUGCAUCACUGAAUUACACCUAAAAAUAUUGUAAUGUAGCGUGAUGUAUCGGAACAAAUAUAUGUAAAACUUAUAUGGAUUAGUAAUUGAAGUCUAAUGUAUGUUAAUGUCUACCAGUUUUCUGUAUAAUACAUGUACAAACUGCAAUUACAAAUCUACUUGAAAAGUUUAUUACCAAAUUAAUUGUAUAAAACAUACAUGAUUACAAAGAACUGUUUCUACUGCUGUACAAUA